GUUUUUUUAGUAUAUUUUUAACUCUCAACUUGAGCCAUCUAAAAUAUCUCUCUCCCUCUAUAUAUAACGGUCUGUUGAAGAAAACUUAAAAAAGAAAACUAGUUCAAACUUUCUUGAAAACUCAAAUAUAUUUUUUUCUAUCUUUGAAUAUUUGAAGUUUAAUUCAAACUUUUCAUUUUAUAUAUAUAUAGUAGUAAUUGUUAAGACUAUUUUAAGUUAGUCGAGUAUAUAGUACUUUUGCUUGAGUUGAGGUUUUCCAAAUGUCUUUCGGAAAUAACCUCUCUAUCUCUCCAAGGUAGUGAUAGGUCUGCGUACACUCUACCCUUUUGAGACUUCACUUGUGAAAUUUUACUGUAUAUCUUGUUGUUGUACUUGAGUCAAAGAUUUAUUGAAAACAGUCUCCUCUACCUUCACAAGAUAUAGUAGAGUAUAUAGUACUUUUGCUUGAGUUGAGCUUUCCCAAGUGUCUCUCCGAUGUAGUGGUAAGAUCUGCGUACACUCUACUCUCCCUAGACCUCAAUUGUGAGAUUUUACUGUGUAUGUUAUUGUAGUUGAGUCGAGGUUUUAUCGAAAGCAGACUCUCUACGUUGAGUCGAGGUUUUAUCGAAAGCAGACUCUCUAUCUUUACAGGAUAUAGCGUAGUAAGACGGCGUACAUCCUAUCAUCUCCAAAUCCCACGUGCAAAAUUACAUUGAGUAUGUUGUUAUCGUUAUAAUAUAUAGUACUAGACUAUCCUUUUUUUUUUUUUUUUGUUUUGUGUGUGUUACAUGUGUAUAUUCAAGGUGGCUAAUCAUAGAAAAAAAGGGGAUUAUAAGCCAAUUACUAUAAGAAAUGAUGAUGAAGAUCAUGAAGGUGGGAUGAUUAAUAACAAUGUGAUGUUUUCUGGGAAUAUUAAUAGAGAAGAAGAAAUGUCUGUGAUGGUUUCUGCAUUGACACGUGUCAUCACGGGAGAAGAUAGAAUAUUAAAUCAAGAAAAUAAUAAUAGUGAUAAUAUUAUUAUUGGUUCUUCUUCUUUGAAUGAAUUUUCUGGAGGUGUUGGAGAAAAAAGAGGACGUGAAGAGCAUCAAUAUUUUUUGUCAGAUAUUAGUUCAUCAUCAGGUGGAGAAGAUUCAAGUAAUAGUAAGACUAUUGCAAGCAACACACCAACAAAAGAAUCAACAUUCAUAUACAUUACUCCAACAUAUGAUCAUAAUACCACAAAUAUUAUUGAUUAUAAUCAACCAAGAAGAAGAUAUAGAGGAGUGAGACAAAGGCCAUGGGGAAAAUGGGCAGCUGAAAUUAGAGAUCCAUAUAAAGCUACUAGGGUUUGGCUCGGAACAUUCGACACUGCUGAAGAUGCUGCUAGAGCUUACGAUGAAGCCGCUCUUAAAUUUCGAGGUAGCAAAGCCAAACUCAACUUCCCUGAAAAUGUUAGGCUCUUGCCUACUUCUUCAACCCCACGUCAGAACGACGUCGGUAAUACCGGACAUCCGAUGGAAAAGCAGUUUCUGGCAGGCACAUUUCCCAAGGAUCCCAUGGAAAAUAAUACUAAUAAUGUGGAAUUUCUGACGGACACAUUUCCCAAGAAUUCUAUGGGAAAUACACAUGUUUCUAGUAUUGUUUCUCCUGAUGAUUCUCCAAAUACUCUUUCAACAAUGUCUUUUUUCCCUAGUAGUAACCCUAUAGUUCACACUCAAUUACCUAAUAGUAACAUAAACCCUCCAUUUUUCUUGAAUGAUGAUUUUCAAAUGGUGCAUUCAUCUUCAAGUUUGUUAAACCAAUCCAUGUUUUCUACUACAUUCCAGUAUUCUUCUUCUUCUUCUUCAUCAUCAUCGUCAUCUUCCUCUCGCGUACCUUUUGUUCCAAAUAUGUAUUUUCAUGGUGGUUCUCAACGUACUAGUCAGAGUAGUGAAUGCGAUUUUCGGGCUACCUCAUCGGAUUCAGCUCAUCACCCUUCGUCUUCGUCAAGAUGAUCUAGUUGUAUUGUCUAGCUAGAGUUUUAUAUGUAUCACUUUAAUGUGAUUUUUGAAUGUAUUGUGAACCAAAAUUGGUCUGUAUAAUGACCAAUGUAUGUGGACAAAGUCCUAUUUUAUUUUUUUGAUAAUGUUGGGAUUUAUAUCUUGAGCGGAUGAUUAUGAUAAGAGUUAUUUUUUUUGGGAAAUUUUCUCGUUCUAACAAGAAGAAUUCUAACAUAUGAUGAAAGAAGUUAGGAUUGUAGCAGAAAUAGCCUCUCUA